GUAUCACACAGGACACGACCGGACGAAAGGAGCGAUCACGGGAGAGCCCACGUAGAGCCAACCUCUCUUCUGUUUCAGGCGUCUGAUUUUGCGGCUACUGCCUCUGUAGCUAUUUGCUGCUGUGGUCGGAUGGUGCACCUGGGAACGGUGGUUUCGGCGGCAGGCCUAUUGAUUCUUCUCCACGCUGGCUAUUCCGCCGCACACUUCCAGCAGUUCAAGAAACCGUCGUCGACAUUGGGGGGCGGCGGCGGCGACUCGGCUCCGCUCGACGCGGCCCUCGAAGCCCUGGUCGGCUUCUUCGUCUGCGUGUUUGGCGUCUUGUACAGCGCCGACGCGCUGUUGCCCAUCAAGGGGGCCGCGGGGGGCGGGAAGUCGCUGGACUCGGCCGAGUCGACGCGAGAGUUUGAGGUGUUUGAGCACAGGGGUAGAUCGCUGAGGAGACGGGUGGCGAGCCAAAGGUGAUUUGGUGUUAAAAUCUUCUUGGUAUUAAAUUUGUUGUCGAAAACAUGAACGUGAUCUUGAACUUCAUUUGUUUUUGGUUCGUUGCCUUGAUUUCUCUUUGGAUUCUUGUGUUUUUCGUGUUUUGAGCAACACGGCAGCUGAUGAAACGAGGCUUUCAGGGGUGAUCGUGAGAGCGAGAGAUAGAGAGGGGAAAAAGCGGGCAUGUUAUCGCUUCGGUGAUUGCCACCUUUCGGUCGUGCGCCUAUUGGGAAUGCGAGACAGGCGCUAUGGCCAUGCAGGAAAUGUUUUCGUGCUGCCCCUGCUAGUGUAUCCUCUGCUGAAGGACGGGAAACAAGCAUAUGAUACUUUCCUUCGGUUGGGAUCGCAGCUUGCCUCGGGCAACCGUGCUGGUCCUCUACAAUUGUUUUUUUUGUAUCUCAUUUCCACCGGGCGUUGCAACCGCGGAAUUUCAGUUGAACGGUAGUCAUCACUUGUUGCCAUCAGGUGACUCAAGGUGAUGCAGAGAGCACAGACAUGAAGACAGUUGAAGGACAGGAAACAAGCAUGAUAUUUUCCUUCGAUUUAAUAUUGCCUUCGAACGGAGAGAGGUGUGACAAUGCGGAGGGGUGACCCAGCGACGAUUAUCCCAGAAGGGCUUAACGGCACUGCCACUAACGGCACGCUGUUUCCAGAACCUACUCGUCUCCUCAGGAGGACCCUCUGUUGUUGGUUGUGAUUCCUCGAUAUCGAACAUCUGGCGUGGAACGCGCUGUCUCGCCGCUACGGGUUUUGAGCACUUUCGUAUCGCUGUGCAACUUUUUUCUGUGCAUGUAAACCACAGGCUCAAAUUAUUAGGUGGGGUACCUAAGCCAGAUCUGAUCGGUGGUAUGUGCCCUGGAUGUGGCGUGACCUGGACUUGACGUUUGCUUGUGUCGGGAACCAGCGCGGCGGGGUCUUCGGGCGUGAGACAAGAAGAUUGGCUUCGACCAGCCAACCCCGAACACGAAAAUGUCAAGCGCGUGUAUAGUACCGGCAGGUCCAGCCAGUCGCCU